AAAGAAGGCUGACUUCCUUUACUGGGGGGCAUCGACUUUCCGACGCGGCAAAAGCCACCGUGCUUGGAACUUUUUUGUGUAGCCUCGCGAAUUGAAUCGCCAUCAGCUCAGCCCAACCCAACAUUCAAUUCAUUGCGCAACUCCGCCUGUUGCAUGUUUAUCGUAUUGUUUUACUGCGGGGGCCAGUCAUAGUUGCUAUAUUUCCUUUGAUCGCAUUGCAUCACUGCGUGCGACAGCCAUCGUGCACGCGCAUCAAUUCAGCGGGUAGACGAGUGAGCAGCACCUUCAAUUACCUGGAUAGCUGAAAGGUACUUUUACCUACCAACCUACUUAGCUCGAUCAGAUCUAGAAAAAGUGCUGGUCCGCCGUCCCAUUGCAUACCAGUCAGCCCGCCACUGCGUCGAAUUACUUUACUGUACGGAUCAUUCCAUCCCAUUCCAUCGCCGGAGCGACCAACGACCGACCGUCACGUCACGUUAGUGAAGGACGAGCGCGCCUCUAGAUAAUCGAAUCCUUGCGCGCCGUAUGCCAUCUUGGUCCUGCCCACUAGAUGGCAACCUCGGAUCCCUCCAACGCCACGCCUCCCGGCCCUGGUAUUGAUGUCGGCGCUGCCUCCGUCGACAAUGCUGUGAACUCGGGGCAGUCAGCGGCCGCGUCCGUCGCUGGUUCAUCGUCAUCAUCUUCCGCCGCGCCCGCUGCCAGCUCCGACCCAUCGGCCCCCGCUCAGAAGCGUUCUUCUUCGCCUCCUGCCAAGACUUUGCCCGUGAGGACGAAGGAGUCCCUCCAGGAAUAUGUCCUCAAUCGCAUAAUGGCUCGGGACAAGGUGGCCCACGAGGCUUUUGUCAAAACGGAAGAGCGGGCGAGGGCGGCAAUGGACAGGCUACACAGAAAGGUCGAGGACUAUGAAACAGUACACGCGCAUAAAAACGAGUUUACACCAAGUCGCAUGUACGGCCAGGGCUACAACGGCUUUGGGAACGGCACCACCGACGAUCCCGCCGGUCCGCGCAUCAUCUAUCCCAAAAACAAGCCGAGACCUGGCAAGAGGACAACCGAGCCGCUCAAGUGGCGGAAGAAGGACAUGCGCAAGCAGGCCGAACAACAUGAAGAGCUUGUGCCUAUAAGGAUCGAUGUCGACUAUGACAAGGUCAAACUUCGAGACACUUUUACCUGGAACCUUCACGAUCGCCUGGUAUCGGUGGACCUUUUUGCGCGCCAGUUAUUGGAAGAUCUAGGCCUGACGCCACAGAAGGAUCCAACGUUGUACUCGCCCGUUUUAACACAGGUUGGCCGCCAGAUCCUCGACCAGCUAGAAGAUUUCUAUCCCAGUGUCUGUUCGGACGAGGAUGCAUUAGACCCUGAGCUGCCAUACUCUGCAUACAAGAAUGAUGAGAUGAGGAUUCUUGUGAAGCUAAAUAUCACAAUAGGGCAGGUUACCUUGGUGGACCAGUUCGAAUGGGAAAUCAACAACCCCAUAAAUUCACCCGAGGAAUUUGCGAACAGCAUGUCGCGGGAUCUGUCAUUAUCAGGCGAGUUUGCGACGGCUAUAGCGCACUGCAUACGAGAGCAGAGUCAGCUUUUCACCAAGAGCUUGUACAGCAUAGGCCACCCGUUCGAUGGUCGUCCGGUGGAGGAUCCCGAUCUGGUCGCUGCGUUCCUGCCAUCUCCGAUUCCAUCUGUCUUUAGACCGCAACAGCAAGCCAAGGAGUAUGCGCCUUACCUUUACGAGCUCACAGACGCCGACUUGGAGCGUAACGAGGUUAUAUUCUCUCGCGAACAACGGAGACAGAAGCGCUCAGUCAACCGUCGUGGAGGGCCACAGUUACCAGAUCUCAAAGAACGUCAGCGCACUGUCCGCACGCUCGUUGUAUCCUCAGUGCUGCCCGGUGCCGCCACGAGCGUGGAUGAGAGCAGGCUGUACAAGAGGGUUCCUGCUGGUCCUGGACCCGGAGGGCGCAGGAAGGGAUUACGGGAGGGUGAUCUGUCGGACUCGGACGACAGCGAAGACUCAGCGCCAGAUUCGCCCGCCAUGUCCCAGCUGGUUGGUACCGCUCGAACCCGCGGUAUGCGCGGCGCGGCGACCGCGGCGCAGCAGAGGAUGGCGAACUUGGGCCGCUCAGAGACGCCGGAGUCGGGCACGAUAUUAUACCAUGAUGCGCGCCCAUCUAGGCGUCUCAACCCGCGUGAGGCCAGAGAAUCUACGGAGGAUACCCCGAGCUUGGUCGUGAAACUCACUGUUUCGAGGGAUCGGCUCAAGAGGCUCCUCGACGGCGAGAGGGUCAAACCGUCCAUACCGGUCGGUCUACGAACACCAGGCAUGCCUCAGCGGACCCCGGGUGCCAUGGGCCCUCCAUCAACGCCAGCGACAUCCUCACAAAACUUGGUAGCCACACCUUCCGGUGUACAGUCGUUGCCGCCAGGGCAAUUUGGCCGGCUUCCCGCACCACGCCCACCAAUAGGCGAUCCUGCCCCGACAGCGCCUCCUGUUCCUGACUGGCUCGUGGCGAGCCUUCGAGAACUGCAACAAUUGUACCCCAGCGACAUGUUCGAGGGCACCAUGAGGUAUUGCGCACUCAAGGCCGAGACCAAUCAGGUAGUAGCCGCGCCGCCCUUGGAUCAGCCAGCACCUCCGGAACUUGUUUUCUACUACCUCCCGCGCAUCCGAUGUCUUGACUGUCCUGGCAAGGUGUAUACCCCAGGUCCGGACACGUCAGUCAUCAAUUUUGAGGUGCAUCUCAAGAACCGUGGACACCGCGAGAAGGUGGACCAACGCGUAGGAAGGCCUACUGCCCCACGCAAUCCUUCCGCUUCGGCCCCUCGACCAUCGGCCUCUCAAUCACCUGCUCCCCGGGCGCCCUCGGCAUAGGACUCCGGAUAUUCCAGCCCCGUCAGGCCUGGUUGCACAACCAGAUACUCGCCCGAACUUGGUGUCGCACCCAAACUUGACGAGGGGAUUUACGGGAUGGACGUUUGGGACAAAAGCAGCGAAAGUGACGAAACAGAAGAUGACCCCAGCGAUGCCGACUGGAUCGAGGGCAGUUGUUAAAGCGACGAAAAUAUACAUCUAGAAGAAUUAGGAUAUAUCAUUUUAUUUCUCGAGUGUGUGCAUAUUAUCACCUUGACCCGCUCAUUUUUUUGCUUUCCUCUUUUUGCUCUAGGCCCCUGGUGUUUUUGACUUGUAUUUAUUUGCUCAAUAUGUGAUCAUCCUAUUAGGUCUCGGUCUUUGGCUACUGUAUACCUAAUCAUGUAGCAUUAGACAUAAGAUAAUAGUGUUAUAAUAGAAACUUGGCAGUCGU